GAGAGACGUGGAGCGAACCCGUGUCACAGAGCAGGAGGGGAGGGAGUUGACUUUUGCUAGGAGUGAGAAAGCCAGGUUGUCUGACGGUGCCAGACUGUCCUUUUGGUUUUUUGGAGGUUUAGGUGACAAGCUUGGCCCGUGACAUAAGGUACAUGUGCACCACCCUGUGACAGGCCAUGAAUAUAUAUGGUGUAACACUCAAUGGACCUGCACCCUGGGGUUUUCGACUUCAGGGGGGCAAAGACUUCAACAUGCCCCUGACCGUGUCCAGGCUGACCCCAGGCGGCAAGGCGGCCCAGGCCGGAGUGGGUGUGGGUGAUUGGGUAGUGUCCAUCGGUGAUGCCAACGCAGAGGAUUUGACCCACGUGGAGGCACAGAAUAAGAUCAGAGCUGCGACGAAUUCCCUCGCUCUCUCUUUGAGCAGAGCUUAUAAUCCAACCAUUGAAGAGCAGAAGGAUACGCUCACGCCUGCAUCCAGUCAACCCAAGUACUCGUUCGCACCUAGCACAGCCAUAAACAAGAUGGCACGGCCGUUCUCCGCACCUACUGGCAACGGCGGCAAAGGACCCAUCAUCAAGCCGGUGUCGUACGCCCCCAAGCUUAACUCCAGCUCGCAGGUGCCGAGCAGCAAUGGUCACGGUGUAUCCUCCUGUCCUGCCAAGACCAAACCUGCAGACAAACCUGAUGGAGUUCAAGCACCAGCUAAAGCACCAUCAAGUUCCGGUCCAUCCUGUCGGCCCCCGUGGGUAACGGACCCCGGUUUCGCCGACCGCUAUCACCCAGACAAGACCAGCACCACGGUGACGCAGCAUAAGCAGCCGGUCCAACCCACGCCUAUGCAGAACCGCAGCUCCAUCCUGCAAGCGGCCCAGCAGUGCCCAGCCGACACCAGCGGACGAACGCCGCUCUGCACCGCAUGCAACAAGAUUAUUAGGGGACGCUACGUGGUGGCGCUUGGUCGUUCCUGGCACCCAGAGGAGUUUGCUUGCUGUCAGUGUAAAAGGCUCUUGGAUGAGGGGGGCUUCUUUGAGGAAAAAGGCUCCAUUUAUUGUACCAAGUGCUACGACAACCGGUAUUCACCCAACUGUGCCAAAUGCAACAAGAAGAUAACCGGGGAGAUCAUGCAUGCCCUGAAGAUGACCUACCACGUCCAGUGCUUCCUGUGCGCUGCCUGCAAAAUGCCCAUCAGGAACGAGGCCUUCUACAUGGAGGAGGGGGAGCCCUACUGUGAGAGAGACUAUGAAAAGAUGUUUGGUACCAAAUGCCACGGCUGUGACUUCAAGAUUGAUGCAGGCGACCGUUUCCUCGAGGCGUUGGGUUAUAGCUGGCAUGACACUUGCUUUGUCUGCGCUAUCUGCCAUUCAAAUCUGGAGGGUAAGACGUUCUUUUCGAAGAAGGACAAGCCUCUGUGUAAAAGCCACGCCUUCUCUGCAGUGUGAAGCUCCGCCUUUAUUCAUCAGUGAGGGCGGCACAGGAGGUGCUUAACAAGACCAAAUACUUUACUUGAAGCCUGUAACGUUUGACUGACUGACAAAGUGAUGGAUAAUGUAGCUACUCUGGCUGCUAACAGCUUCGAUCUGCAUUUACAAAGUGUGAGACAUUCAGCACAGCACCGACUCGAACGCUUGCUUAGACUGGCCACGGUUUAGCGGUCACGUUGUUCAACUGGAAUGAGUAGCUUAUGAACUCUUUAAACCACCAAUGCCAGAGAGAUGUCAGCACGAGUAACAAGGUAUUUUCAUGAAGUAUUUAGCUGUUCCUCCUUCCUCGCUUCUUUCUUCUUCUUGUGAUAUUUAUGUUGCUCUGUAAACAGCUGAAAUACAAAGACCAUUGCACAUUCACAGUCUACACUUAUAUUGCUCACCUUUUUACCAUGUUCACUUAUUAGAGGUUGUUUUUUGACAUGUUGGUGGUGUGAAUCUCACAGAUUCAAGCACAUCUGGGUCAUCAAAAUAAAGAUGUUUUAAAGUCAUCGCAUUAAAGAUUUUUUGCAUUGUCACUCAUUUUGCCCACAUUCUCAUUAAUGUAAUGCAUAUAAACUCACUGCCAUUACUGUAAUACAAAUGAAGAGUUUUGUUGCAAAAUGAGAUAAAUCCGUUUUUAACAUUUUUGUCAAAACAUGUUUAUUAUUAUGUAUGUUAUCAUGUUAUUAUUUUAUUUUAUGGUGCUACUUAGCUGUAUUUUUAAGUUAUGAAGAUUUAAAUAAACUGAAGUUGAAUUGAUAUUAAUUGGAAUGCACAACCAAAAAACGAGAUUUCUGAAAAAUUAAAAAAACGGAGUUAUCUCGUUUUGCAACGAAACUCUUCAAAUAUAUAUCUAUUAUGAUUUAAAGGGCCCAUUUUUACAAGAUGUCAUAUAAGUCUCAGGUGUGUCCAGAAUGUUUCUGUGAAGUUUCAGCUCAAAAUACCCCACAGAUCAUUUAUUAUAGCAUGUCCAAAAUGCCCUUAUUUGGGUGGGAGCAAAAAUGCUGUUUUGUGUUUGUACCUUUAAAUGCACAUGAGCUUUUGUUCUUCCAAAAGAGAUGCUUUGGUUAAAUAGAUUUGAUUUUGCAAAGAAGCAUGGAAAAAUAACAGACAGCGUCCAACUCACUGAAGGCAGAAACUAUGGUAAUACAAGACUUUCAGGCCCUGUUUACAUUAGAGCAUUUGCGUUUUAAAACGGCACUUUAAAAUGAAACCGAUCCUCGUUUAUACUGGCAUUUUAAACGCAUGAAACAUGACCAAUCACGUAACUGGGCAUGCGCAUAAAAGUGUAAAAUAACUUAUUACUCUAAUAAUAGCUUACCUUUGCGCAUUUCUGCAGCCUAGGGGUGUGCGAUAUUGACAAAAAAAAUCAUACCUGGAUCCUUUGCUGGCAACUACAACAGACACUAUUUUUGAACCUAAAAAAAAUGUGUUUGGGAAAGUCUUAAAUUGUUCUACCUCCUGCCUACAAUUAAUAUGAUUCAUAGGUUAAUGUUGAUGUUAUAAACCAAACAGAAAGGUCUUUUAAGAUUUAACUCUUUCCCCGCCAUUGACGAGAUAUCUCGUCAAUUAAGAGAAAACGCUUCCCCGCCAAUGACGAGAUUUUCCGUCUUUCCGCAAUACCGCUAUUAUCCACCAGGUGGCGGCCUUCCGCAACUUUUUAAAACCGGAAGUAUUGCCCUAUGGCAAGCUGCUGCAUGUCCGUGUCUGUUUUAAAGAUCGCUCUGAAUGGGAUCUCUAUGAAAAGUCUGUCAUAAAAAUGGAAUUAUCAUUGCUUUAUGCUCAAAAUAUGGUGUUUUUGCAAAAACCUACCCAUAUUCAAAAGCUGAUUACAAAAGAACCACUAAAGGUAGGAGGAAACGUUUUUUUUUGUUUGAAAGCAGAGGGUCUGUUCUUUCAUUUGGUAUAUUGUAUGUUUAUAUAUUUAAAGAAGACAUUUUCUGGAAGGCAUUAAACUUUGGUGAAACUCAUGAAAAACGCUGGCACUGGCUGGCAACUUUUUUUUUAAAACGCUGGCGGUGAAAGAGUUAAAAAGGAAGCAUUCAAGUGGACAGUACUAAACAGUAGCUAACUUGAAGCAAAAAUAAAUUUCAGCAAAUGCAAACUUCAAUCAAACAUAAAAAGAGGUGAAGUAUAGCUUUAGCCUACAGAAAUGCUUAUUGUGUUAAUUUUUAAAAGUGUGCGAGGUCCGUGCACGUCCUCCGCUAGCAACACAGAAAUAGCAAAAAGCGCAAGAGGCUAAACGAGCAUUAAAUAUUAAUAUGACGUUGAUUUUAUUGUUUUUAUUCAUUAAAAUUCACAAAACUUAUCAACAAAACAUCGAUUAAAAUUAAGAGACAAAUGAUAUGUAACGAAAUUCAUUUUAAAGUAGCAAACAAAACUUAAAUUAAACUCGAAAAUAAUGUCUGACCCAUUACAAUUCUCCCUUCAUAUUGACCUUUAAAACGCCCUAUAUGGCAUUUAAAAUUACAGUCUAUCUUUCGUAAUAAGCUUACUAAAUUGAAACAAAACAUAAACAACAUUACAACAAUAUUCAAACCCAACAAAACUCAACCAUAAAUAGUGAGUUCUCAAACUAAAACGGUGGUGACGUGAUAAUGAAAGGCGUAAACGUGGCAAAAGUAAUGCUUCUUAAAAGGUAAACGCAUUAAUGUUAACAUAGCCUCAGUCAGCGGCCGUGGGCGGGGCUUUAUCAGUGUGACAUCACAUUGCUAAGAGAAUCAAAACCGCAUGUCUAAUGAGACUGCUUUGGUUUAAUGGUGAUUAAAAAAAAUGUCAUUGUUGGGAGGUUGUGAUCACAUACUGCCAACACACAUUUAUGUCCAAGUGGAUUUUGCCCUUUAAAUAAUAAUUAUAAUAAUAAUAAAUAGCUUUUAUUACUGUUACAGUAUUUAAUGCAUUACAUUUAUGAGAAAACACUAUUGAGAGUAAAAUGCAUUUCUGUUUGAAAAAAUGUUAGUGGAUUUAUUCUCAUUUAAUCAAUAUUAAUAUAUUUAUGUUAUGUUUUUUUUUGUCUUUUUGAUUGUUGCAGAAUGUUUCGAUUUUUUAAGUUUCAUCCAUCAUUUGCACCGUUGUCAACCUAUGUUUUCUCCUCUCCUUUGUGACAAAUCAGGGCGAUGCAUUUUCCAUGUUAUGUCUAAAGCAAUCUUUUACUCUGAUCCAUACAAUGUGUGUUGUAGGGUAAAGCAUUGAGCAUAUGAUGUAUUCAGACACCAUCUUAAAGUGUCCCCUCAAUCCUCUAGAUGCUCUGUAGCCUAGUUUCUGUUCUGGCUGAUUUGCUCUGCCGGGGUACUUAAGGUAAUGGCAAACCACAGUGGAAUAAAAUGCUCCUGGCAGCUUGACUGAAAUACAUUAGCACUGAUUGCAGGCUUUUCAGCAUGACCCAACCAAUGGUCUCUACAUGACUGCAAUACUAAACAUGCUACAUUUAUCUGAGCUAAUCAGACAGGUAGUUCUAAUUAAAGCUGCGGUCCGUAACCUUUUUCAGUUAAAAAUAAACAAAGAUCAGUUAAAGGGGUAGUUCACCCCAAAAAUAACAAUACUGUCAUCAUUUACUCACCUUCAUGUUGUUACAAACCUGUAUAAAUUUAUUUGUUCUGUUUAACACAAAAGAAGAUAUGUUGAGCAAUGAAAUGUUUUUCGUCUACUGUGGAAGUCAAUGGUGCUUUUGUUUUGUGCUUAUUUACAAAUAUUUUCCAUUGUGAUUAAACUCUCGUAGUGGGGCAAAGCACAACACACAUACAGAAAAUUACUCUGCAAUUUUGUGUUUCAAACAGAGAUGGUGCUAGAGAGGCAAAAAUUACAGAUUGCAGCUUUAAAGUAGACCUAAUGUAUGAAACUAUUAAAACAUUACCAACAAACAAAUCUGCAACGUUACAUGGUCACAAACUUAUUUUGUUGUUUAAAAAUGAAUUUUAGGGAUUUUGCUAGCAGGUUAUGUUUCCAAAGAAAGUCCUGUUUUAUAGCUGAAACGUUUAAAAUGGACUUUACUUACAACGGUGUAUAGAUAAAGUCUUCAGAGACAUUGUGCACCAGAUUAUUUCCAGAACAUAAUUCCCAUCAUGUCCUUAUCGCAAUCUCCUGUUCCAGAACCGGAAGAAAUGCUACAAUCCAAUAUCCUGAGCGAAUUGCUAAGAUUUUUUACUUUUUGUAUUGAUAAUGUUUUAUGUACCAAGUACCUUUUUUAACAGUUUUGCAACUUGUAACUAUUAUGUGUGUCGGUGAACUGCUGUAUUCUUAUUGUGCGUAUUAUAAAGAGGUUCCUAUGUGAAGAUGCAUAUCGUUUAUAACAGAAUUUAGCCAUUUAUUCAAUAAAUCACUGCAGUGA